AUGGCGAGCGGCGGUGGCGGGGGUAACACCGGCGCGGGUGGGGGGCCGGGGAUGGGCCUGAGCCUGGGCCUGGGUCUGGGUCUGAGCCUAGGCAUGAGUGAGGCCACCAGUGAGGCAGAGGAGGAGGCGGCCACGGCCGAGGCGGUGGGACGCCUGGCCACGACGCUGUGGCUGCGGCUCCGCGGCUGGGAGGCGGUGCUGGCGACGGCGCAGCGGUUGCUGGUGUGGGAGAAGCCGCUGCACAGCCUGGUCACGGCUGCCGCGCUCAACGGCCUCUUCUGGUUGCUGUCUUCCUCGUCCCUCCGGCCCUUCUUCCUACUCAGCGUCUCACUUUUGGCCUAUUUUCUGCUGGAUCUCUGGCAGCCUCGCUUUCUCCCUGACGUUUCAGCAUCAUCCCCAGAGGAGCCACACUCUGACAGUGAGGGUGCGGGGUCAGGCGCCCGGCCGCACCUGCUGAGUGUGCCCGAGUUGUGCAGAUACCUGGCUGAGAGCUGGCUCACCUUCCAGAUUCACCUGCAGGAGCUGCUGCAGUACAAGAGGCAGAAUCCAGCUCAGUUCUGCGUUCGAGUCUGCUCUGGCUGUGCUGUGUUGGCUGUGUUGGGACACUAUGUUCCAGGGAUUAUGAUUUCUUACAUUGUCUUGUUGAGUAUCCUGCUGUGGCCCCUGGUGGUUUAUCAUGAGCUGAUCCAGAGGAUGUACACUCGCCUGGAGCCCCUGCUCAUGCAGCUGGACUACAGCAUGAAGGCAGAAGCCAAUGCCCUGCAUCACAAACACGACAAGAGGAAGCGUCAGGGGAAGAAUGCACCCCCAGGAGGUGAUGAGCCACUGGCAGAGACAGAGAGUGAAAGCGAGGCAGAGCUGGCUGGCUUCUCCCCAGUGGUGGAUGUGAAGAAAACAGCAUUGGCCUUGGCCAUUACGGACUCAGAGCUGUCAGAUGAGGAGGCUUCUAUCUUGGAGAGUGGUGGCUUCUCCGUAUCCCGGGCCACAACUCCGCAGCUGACUGAUGUCUCCGAGGAUUUGGACCAGCAGAGCCUGCCAAGUGAACCAGAGGAGACCCUAAGCCGGGACCUAGGGGAGGGAGAGGAGGGAGAGCUGGCCCCUCCCGAAGACCUACUAGGCCGUCCUCAAGCUCUGUCAAGGCAAGCCCUGGACUCGGAGGAAGAGGAAGAAGAUGUGGCAGCUAAGGAAACCUUGUUGCGGCUCUCAUCCCCCCUCCACUUUGUGAACACGCACUUCAAUGGGGCAGGGUCCCCCCCAGAUGGAGUGAAAUGCUCCCCUGGAGGACCAGUGGAGACACUGAGCCCCGAGACAGUGAGUGGUGGCCUCACUGCUCUGCCCGGCACCCUGUCACCUCCACUUUGCCUUGUUGGAAGUGACCCAGCCCCCUCCCCUUCCAUUCUCCCACCUGUUCCCCAGGACUCACCCCAGCCCCUGCCUGCCCCUGAGGAAGAAGAGGCACUCACCACUGAGGACUUUGAGUUGCUGGAUCAGGGGGAGCUGGAGCAGCUGAAUGCAGAGCUGGGCUUGGAGCCAGAGACACCGCCAAAACCCCCUGAUGCUCCACCCCUGGGGCCCGACAUCCAUUCUCUGGUACAGUCAGACCAAGAAGCUCAGGCCGUGGCAGAGCCAUGAGCCAGCCAUUGGGGAAGGAGCUGCAGGCACAGUAGGGCUUCCUGGCUAGGAGUGUUGCUGUUUUCCUCCUUUGCCUACCACUCGGGGGUGGGGCAGUGUGUGGGGAAGCUGGCUGUCGGAUGGUAGCUAUUCCACCCUCUGCCUGCCUGCCUGCCUGCUGUCCUGGGCAUGGUGCAGUACCUGUGCCUAGGAUUGGUUUUAAAUUUGUAAAUAAUUUUCCAUUUGGGUUAGUGGAUGUGAACAGGGCUAGGGAAGUCCUUCCCACAGCCUGCACUUGCCUCCCUGCCUCAUCUCUAUUCUCAUUCCACUAUGCCCCAAGCCCUGGUGGUCUGGCCCUUUCUUUUUCCUCCUAUCCUCAGGGACCUGUGCUGCUCUGCCCUCAUGUCCCACUUGGUUGUUUAGUUGAGGCACUUUAUAAUUUUUCUCUUGUCUUGUGUUCCUUUCUGCUUUAUUUCCCUGCUGUGUCCUGUCCUUAGCAGCUCAACCCCAUCCUUUGCCAGCUCCUCCUAUCCCGUGGGCACUGGCCAAGCUUUAGGGAGGCUCCUGGUCUGGGAAGUAAAGAGUAAACCUGGGGCAGUGGGUCAGGCCAGUAGUUACACUCUUAGGUCACUGUAGUCUGUGUAGCCUUUACUGCAUCCUUGCCCCGUUCAGCCCGGCCUUUCACGAUGCAGGAGAGCAGGGAUCCCGCAGUACAUGGCGCCAGCACUGGAGUUGGUGAGCAUGUGCUCUCUCUUGAGAUUAGGAGCUUCCUUACUGCUCCUCUGGGUGAUCCAAGUGUAGUGGGACCCCCUACUAGGGUCAGGAAGUGGACACUAACAUCUGUGCAGGUGUUGACUUGAAAAAUAAAGUGUUGAUUGGCUAGAACUGCUGCCUCCCUGACUGUGAGCUGCCUUCCACACCCUGCACUGCACUGUGUUCUCUCCUCACCCUUAACCUGCUUCACUCCAGUCUGUUCUGGCUGUUUAUUACCUUGUUGCAAAACAGGGCCGAAGCAAGGAUUACCUUGACAACCCUAGCUUCUCCUUAGCCAUCUUCCUUGACAGUGUGAUCUGUUUAGUGAGAUUUAGCAUGUGUGAAUAAAGUGUAUACAGGAGGAAAUUGCUUUGUCUUCCCAAUCGGUAGAAAUUCAGGACCAUAAAAAUUGUGUUUUACCAUGUGGCCCACAACCUUAACACUGCUUUCUUAAGAAGUCUUCACCCAUCUACAUGCUAACAACUCACUCAGCCUGGAUUUAUCUUUACUGGGGAAGCCAAACAAGCAAUAGAGGACCUUUACCUGUGUUAGAAAUGAGUUGGAGCCAAGGAACACUGAAGAAAUAAUAUCUUAACAGUUACUGAGUCCAUUGUAUGUGCUUGGCUCUGCUCUGAGUGAUUUAUAUGUAUUAAGAUUUUUGUUCACAGCUCAGAUAUAUACUGUUACUAACUUCAUUUUAUAGACAGGUUAAGUUUCCUGAAGGCCACGGGUCCCAGUAAAUUGUGGAGCCAGAACCCAAACCCAAGAAGUUUUGGCUUCAGCAAAUGCAUCAAACAGCCCCUGUCCAUUAAUAGGGCACAGGUAGGAAGAUGCACAAGGAUGUGGGAACUAUAGAGAACCAAUCUGAUGCCUUGGCUUAACAAAGAGUGGACAUGGCAAGCCUUCCUCUUCGGGGAAGAAAAGCCCAGAACUGAGCAGAUGGCCUCCUUUAUGAGUUCAUGUCCUCCGCCUUCAGCUGGAGGUACCAUAUGGCGAUGCUACCUGUCUUUCUGCUGGAGGUACCAUAUGGUAAUGCUGCCUGUCUUUCUGCUGGAGGUACCAUAUGGUAAUGCUGCCUGUCUUUCUGAGGUUGACUUUUAUGCCAUGUCUUUCCUAAGUGUGUAAGAAUCUUUCUGUUUGCUUCAUAUUUGACUGAGUAUCAUUCCAGGGUUUGAUUGAGCCCCUGUCCUGUGCCACUGAAGGAACUCGAACUUUUCAUCACUUAGAGAUUUCAGAGGGGAAUGGAAAAACAGUUCUAAUCAAUAAGCAAGCAAUUCAAGAAAAAUAGAAUUAAUCAGGCAAUGGCUGCAACAUUCCUAUCUUUAAUCCAUUUUCUUAUUAAGCUUGGACAUUGACAAUAGAACCAGAAGCUUGUAGCUGGAUCAAAAUAUUCUCCAUAGUC